GGUUAGUCGCCAUUUUAAGAAUUUCGACCUGCAAAGACCGGUAGGAGGUGGUUGUUACGCAGUAGGUCUAAAACGUUUUGAUAUUUUAAUAAUAGUUUUCGCGGACAUUAGAAUCAAUGUCUCGAUUUAACAAUAAUCGCGGAGGGAUGAAUCAUUUCCAGCCACGCAGAGGCGGUGGGCCCGGCGGACCGAUGCGGGGUGGACUAAUGGGAAACCCAAAUUUUAGGAACCAUCCCUUUCAAAAUCAGAACCAAAAUCGAAGAGGACCAAAUAAUAACUUCAACAGACCGCCUAAUCAGGGACCACAGAUGACUCCCCAGAAGCCACAACAGAACCAGUCAUUGCCUAUCAUCCCUCCUCCGAGUCCCGGUCCGGCUCUUACGAUGAAAGGCCCGAUGCAGCAGCAGAAACCGGCACAGCAACAGCAGGAGCAACGGAAACCGGCAACACCUGCGCCUCAGCCGAAGAUUCAGUCCCCACCGCCGAAACCUAACCUGACCUCCCCUCAAGCUAACCAGGCCAACAAGAACCAGAACCAGCAGCUGAAGUCACCAAUAGGAAACGCUAACGGACAGCAGCAGAAGCAGCCUCCGCACCCGAGCCCGAAGACCGGGCCACAGCAGGGCCAGAAGACAGGCCCGCAACAGGGCCAGAAAACAGGUCCGCAACAGGGCCAGAAGACAGGCCCGCAACAGAGCCAGAAGACAGGCCCGCAACAAGGCCAGAGGACAGGCCCGCAACAAGGCCUAAGGACAGGGCCACUGGAGACAAAGCAAGACCGAGUGGAGCCGGAGAAAAAGUCCACAAGCACGGAUGCAGCGGAGUCAGGCCGGAACCUGACACAGCAGGGCUUCAAGGCACCGCUGUCCAUGCUACUGAAACCCGGUGAGAAGACAUACACACAACGCUGUCGUCUGUUCAUCGGUAACCUACCCAGCGACAUCACAGAGGAACAAUUCAAGAAGUUGUUUGCGAAAUAUGGAGAGCCCAGCGAGGUCUUCAUCAACAAAAGCAAAGGCUUUGGUUUCAUUCGACUGGAGUCCCGUGCGCUUGCAGAGAUAGCAAAGGUAGAGUUAGAUGACACGCCGAUGAAAGGCAGACCUUUGCGUGUCCGAUUUGCCACACACUCUGCAGCCCUGUCUGUGAAGAAUCUGUCACCGUUUGUUUCCAACGAGCUUCUGGAAGAAGCUUUCUCACAGUUUGGAAUGGUUGAGAGGGCCGUUGUCAUUGUAGAUGAUCGCGGGCGCUCCAUAGGCAGGGGCAUUGUUGAGUUUGCGUCCAAACCGGCUGCCAGAAAGGCCCUGGACCGGUGCAAUGAGGGCGUCUUCCUUCUCACCACGUCACCCCGGCCUGUUAUUGUUGAGCCUCUGGAGCAAUUUGAUGAUGAAGAUGGUCUUCCAGAGAAAUUGGCUCAGAAGAACCCCAGAUAUCAAGCAGAGCGUGAAGAGCCUCCCCGCUUUGCUCGUCCAGGCACUUUUGAAUUUGAGUACUCUAAGCGCUGGAAGUCACUUGAUGAAAUGGAGAAACAGCAGAGGCAGCAGGUGGAGAAGAACAUGCGUGAGGCCCGUGAGAAGCUUGAGAGUGAAAUGGAGGAAGCAUACCACGAGCACCAGGCCAAUCUUCUCCGACAAGAUCUGCUGAGGCGGCAGGAGGAGCUGCGGCGUAUGGAGGAACUGCACAGUCAGGAGAUGCAAAAGAGGAAGGAGAUGCAGCUCAGACAAGAGGAAGAGCGACGCAGGCGGGAGGAAGAGAUUCUUCGUAAGAGAGAGAUGGAAGAACAGAUGCGCCGUCAGCGUGAGGAGAACUACAGGAUGGGCAACUUCAUGGAUAGGGACAGGGAAAUGAGAAUGAAUCCCAGUGGAUCUUUGGGCAUGGGUGAUAUGCCAUUUGGUGCAUCCAACCAGAAGUUCCCCAUGGGUGGAAUGGGCUUUGAGGGACAGCAAGGAAUGGGACCAUCCUCAGGAGGCUUGAUGGGCAACGACAUGCGCAAUGAGCGCUUUGCCCAGGGCGGUCCUAGGGGAAUGGGUCCUGGUAACCCUGGGUAUGGCAGGGUCCGUGAGGAGUUUGAUGGUCCUGCUAAGAAAGCCCGUUUUUAAAUGCUGCUCUUUGAUCCCAGCAGCAACAUUUGUAUAGAUUCUCCAAACAAUGUUGAGUCGCAUUUCUUGUAUUUAAGUUUAAAUUGUUGCUAUAUUUUAGCCUGACAAUUUGCUCAUUUUAUGACAAAGUCAAUAUUUUCAUUUUUUUAUUUUGUAUUGUCAGUAGUAUGGAAAGGUAGGUCACCCUCGUGUGAUCCGUUAGUUCUUUCUGACCCAUGUACAAUUUUCUUUUCUAGCUGUAUUAUGCUCUGUGAGUCGUCGUGAAGUGAUAAUUGUAACACUUUUCUCAACUUUCUAUGGCUGUGUUUUGUGCCAUACAUUUGGAGUCAAAGCAUGUAUUAUAAUAAAGACAAAUUGGUUCUA